AUGCUAACUCUACUCGACGACGGCGACGAAACUUCAAGUCCUGAGCCACCAGCUCGCCAGCUAAGGAAAAGACUCCCGAUUCAACAGGCACCGUACUCUAUAGAGAGAAUUCGAGCGAGGAAUGCAGGUAUACCCACGGAAGUGGAUUCUAAAGUCCUAAAAUUUGAAAGAGAGCAAAAUUUCAAUGAAAGGUACAAUUAUGAAGAACAAGAUGAUGGGUUUAUUGUACAUGAUUCAGACGAAAGCAAUACUUUUGACAAUUCACAAGUUUGGGCAUCAGAUUCCGAAAAUGAAGCAACACUUCAUGAUACAAAUAUACGUGAUUCUCUUAAUUCUGUUGAUAAUUUCAAUGAAAGGUACAAUUAUGAAGAGCAAGACGAUGGGUUUAUUGAACAUGAUUCAGAUGAAGGUUCUUUCAGCAAUACUUUUGACAAUUCACAAGUUUGGGCUACAUCAGAUUCCGAAAACGAAGCAACACUUUAUGAUACAAACAUACGUGAUUACAUACGUGAUUCUCUUAAUUCUGUUGAUAAUUACGCAAAAAGUGUUCAGAGAAAUAAGAAAAAACCACGUGGGGACACGCCAUUCGAUCGAUUACUAAAGACAAAUUUGCAAUGGGCAAAGGAAACGCCAGUACCAUCUAUCGACGAUCCUUUAUUCAAAAAAUAUACACCAAUAUAUGUGGAGCUGUUUAAUCAGCUAACGUUCGCUGUUCCAUUCAAUCAAUCGUGGCCAUUGGAUGCAGAAUUUUUAGUAGCAAAGUUAAUUCGCCGAUUUAAGAAUUGGGAAUCGCCAAAUAACUCUAAUAUUGAAGAACCUUACAAGAUUUUAUGUGUUUUGGUAAAAAAUUUUCCAAAAGGGAGGAUUCCAUCGAUACCCGAGAUUGUGGAUGUCUUUUAUAUUUUGACCAAAAGACUUGUUCGAAAGAUAAAACCGGAGACACCAAGGAUAUAUGUGAAGGAGUUUCAGGCUAAAAACUUUAAAUAUGUAAAUGAAUUAUUUCAAAAUCUUGACAACAAAAAUAUUUCAUAUUAUAAAGAAGCGCACGAAAAAAUGUGCUUUAUUCUAGAGGAAUUUAUGGAUUCGCUUUCUCCACGCGAUGAUACAGAGAUGUUGUUAAUUACAUUGAAUGUGUUCGAAAAAUCCCUUUCACGGUUGAAUAAGCUAACAAACAAUACAAAAGCUGAAUUAACGAAAAUUCACCGCAAUUUGGUUGCCAAAUUCGAUGGUUCUGAUAAGGAUGCCUUUCAACAUUAUACGCAAAGUUUAAGGCCUAUGUUGAGUGAUAAGAGAUUAGAAGCUUCCGAUUUACAAGUCCCUUUUAUAUACUCUAUACAACAAAAUUCGAGUAAUACGGCUUCCGGUUCACAAGCUCCUUUCAUAUGCCCGAUCCAACAAAAUUCAAAGCAUACAUUAAGUUAUGAGAUAUCAGCAACUUCUGGUUUGCAAGUUCUUUCCGUAUAUCCUAUUGAACAAAGUUCACAACCCAUGCUGAAUGAUGAAAUAUUACCGACUUUUAACUCACAAGUUCUUUUCGAUGAACAAAGUUCACAGCUUAUAUUGAGUGAUGAAAUAUUACCAGUUUUCAGUUCAGAAGUUCCUUCCGUAUACUCUAUUGAACAAAGUUUACAGCCUAUGCUAAAUAAUGAGAUAUUACCAGCUUCUAGUUCACAAGUUCCUUCUAUAUGCUCUAUACCACAAAGAUGUGCUUCAUCUGAACCUGAUAUGUUAAACGCUAAUGAUGUAGAAAAUGAAUUCGUUAAUUAUGAUAUAUCUGAUAUAAACGAACGUCAAAAAAUUGAAGUUAAAGAUCAAGAAAAGCUUGAAAUUGUUUCUGGCUCAAUAUUUCAAACUUGGGAACAGCUUGACCGUCAUAUUAAAAUGUAUGCAAAGCAAAAUGGCUUUGUGUCAAUUAUCACUUGUUCUGAAUAUGAUGAUAUUACUCGUAGAAGGUGUAGAUAUGCUUGUGAACACCAAGGUAUAGGACAUUCAAAGAAGACGGCUAUUCUAGAAAAUCAAAAAGAAUCACAUACAAAACGGUUAGGAUGCAAAUGGGUAGUUAAUGCAACUUGUCCAAAAACAAAUAAAAAAAUCAAAAUUAAUUCUUGUUAUCUCGAACAUUCCAAUCAUGAAAUUUAUUCUGAUACUAUUAAUUUUGCUUCUUACUAUCGGCAAUUUCCCGACGAAGUAAAACAAGAGAUUAAAUAUUAUACUUCAAAGGGAUUAAAUAUGCGAACUCAGCUUUCCUUACUUGAGGACAAGUAUCCUGAUGUUAUUUUUUUGCCAAAAGACUUGUCAUCUACAAUACAAUCUUUCAAAAAUCAUAAUAAA